AUGACAAGCCUAGACGAACAAGAAAACACUAUAGGGUUCUUCCAAGCUUUCUUUGUGCAAAGCGACUGGUCCGGGAGGGUCAGCCGAGAGAAUUGGAUGGGACAGCAUGCUUUCUGGCCUCGGGUGGUCCUCUUUCCCAUUCUUGCCGCGACCCUGUGGUCGAUGCAAGCCCUUGCACCCUUCUGUUUUGGGGACGAGAACAAUGGACGCAUUCCCAUAAUGGAAAAUCACACUUUGGCUGAGAUGGAGGCGAUCCGAGACUCGCACGCAAUUUGUAGCCAGUCCCUCUGCGACCUGGCCAAGACAUUGCCCUUGGGCUGCGUUGCGAAAACUAACGAUUACAAGGCUGGGUGCGAACACCUGAGCUACCGGUAUGGUGAGCUCGGAGAGGAUUUAAUUGCGCUCCCGCGCGUCUGUCGAGACGCUUUCGUAUCUACCCUUGGCUCCGAUCUCGAUGUCAAUCUCAUGGAUAUACGCCAUGAAGAGAAGGUGCCGGUCGAGGCGACGGCGGAUGGCCAUUUGGAGACUAAGCAGAGCAUUUUUACCUUGCAUCCGAAUGGUCUUGUCGAAUUCAACUUGGACGCCAUUCUUCCAGUCGAAGGAGGGAUUAAAAAGCUACGCUCGCACACCGAGACGAACGGGCUCACUGAACGUAACGUUCUCUCCUUCUCGGUACUUGCCUUUUCUCCCGGGCGCGAUUCCCUUCAAGCGGGGCAUGUACAAGGCGACGUUUUGACCAGCAUGUUUUGCCUUACAGAAAUGCAUCCUCACCAACGCCACGAGCUUCAGAAAUGGUACAACUUGUGCAUGGACCACUCACUUGGGAUCGUUGUGGGAUUGGCGCUGCUCUUUGUGGUUGGUUCUGUGGUCUUUUAUUUUGGCCACUCUCUUUGGCUGGUCUUGUGGAUAAUGUUGCGCAUGAUCCUUCCAGCAUUUGUGGCACGUCGAGUGUUGGCUUGGCCAGACAAGAUUACUACCUGGGAUGUCUGGCGCGGCCUUGUCUUGAUCGGGUUGGUGACUGCGUCGUCGUUACAGCCGACCCUGCUUUCUUGCGUCCUCGCUGGAGGGGCCUUUCUGAUCUAUCGAGACACCAGUGCGGCGAUCGAAUGGGCGUUUCUGGGCUUUCUGGCCUGGGGUUCCCCUGUCGUUGCCUCACACCUAAAUCCGUUGGCGACUUCAUUGCUCCUGACUCGCUCGUCGCCAGCGAUUUUGCGUGUGUUGGUCGAGUGGUCGCUCUAUCUUCUUUUUGUCGGUGAGGGGUGGUGGAAGUUUGUGACAAUUUAUGCAUUUGCACGAUCGUAUGGGUCGCUCAUGACAGCAAACACCAAAGAGACCGACAAAGCUCCAAGCACUGAAGAUCUCCUUCUGCAAACUCACGCCAACUUCGAAUGGCCUCAAUAUUAG